GAAUGUUUAUUUUUCAUUGAAUGUUUACAUAAAGUUGCACUGGGUGCCUUUAAUCGACUUUUGUCCACCUGCUACACCUUCUACUACCGAAUCCACCUUCACACACCGAAACCACAACACCCCACCUACCUUCCCCUCUGCUCGUCCAAUCACACAGACUCCGACAGUCUCUCCAGCCCCACCCGCCUCAGUCUGAGCCUAUCAGACGGCUCGGAGGACCAGCUGGACCGCCUCCAGCAGGUGGAGCUAGUCAGGACCACGCCCAUGUCUCAGUGGAGGGCGGGCACUGUGCAGGCCUGGCUGGAGGUUGUCAUGGCAAUGCCCAUGUACAUCCGCACAUGCUCAGAGAAUGUCAAAAGUGGCAAGGUGCUGCUGGGGCUGACGGAUGAAGACCUGGAGAUGGGGCUGGGGGUCGGCAGCUCCAUGCACCGCAGGAAGCUCCGUCUGGCCAUCGAGGAUUACAGAGACGCGGAGAGCGGCAGAGGGCUGUCCAAGGCGGCUGAGCUCGACCACCACUGGGUGGCCAAAGCAUGGCUCAGUGACGUGGGCCUACCUCAGUACUCGCAGGCCUUCCAGGGCCACCUGGUGGACGGCCGCGUGCUCAACUCCCUGACGCGCCGGGACCUGGAACGCUACCUCAACGUCUCGAAGAAGUUCCACCAGGUCAGCCUGCUGCUGGGCAUCGAGCUGCUGCACGGACUUGGCUUCGACAAAGAGGCUCUGCAGGCGCGCCGCAUGCAGUGCGAGCACCAGAGCGUGGACCCCCUGGUGUGGACAUCCCACCGCAUCAUGCGCUGGAUACGGGAGAUCGACCUCAAGGAGUAUGCCGACGCCCUCCAGAACAGCGGCGUCCACGGGGCCGUGUUGGUCCUCGACCCCACCUUUAACACGGACGCCAUGGCAACGGCGUUGGGCAUCCAUAGCAACAAGCACAUGAUUCGCCGCCACCUCGUGGAAGAGAUGCAGAGCCUGGUUGGCCCAGUCAGGGCGAGUGGCCUCCAGGACUAUGAGAGGCAGAAUACGGGGACACCCCCCUCGGCGCGAAGGCAGAGCUCCCUGGGCCGCCCGCCAAGCUCGUCCGGGCGCCACGCCGACGACGAAGGCUCUCUGAGGAGGAGGGCGGUCAAGCCCCCUACAGGGUUCAGCCCAAAAGCCCGCAAUGGGAGGGACUUCAGUUGCCAUGGCAGCUAUGGCUCGUUGCCGCGGGAGGCUUGCGACGAGACUCCGCCCAGAUCCGAGGGGAGUCCAAUCCGCGGCUACACCACGAUUGAGGUCACCAACGUAUGAGAUCAUGGGAGCGGUGGAGCGUAACCACCUGCUCAUCGCUCUGAGAUUUUAAUCAGGAACAAUUCCAGCCUCGCCUGCCCAGUCGGACAAUAGAUGCAGACUUUUCUGGAUAUGAACUGUUUCCUAGCGGACUGAAUGCACUUUUUAAAACGCAACUUUUUGAAUUAAAUUUUUUUUUUUGUUAUCAGUUUUGUAGCGUCUGAAAAUGUUUAAUGGCUCAUUUUGGCAGGCUGUUUUGGCUUUUAGGAGCAUUGAUUUCCUGGCUUCAGGCCUAUGUCUAGCUAAAGAAGGACUUAUUUUUGUAUUUUACGUGUAAAUGUUUCCUUGCUGAAUGGGAAGUGGCGGGGCAAUGUGUUUUUGUGGAGUGACUCUUCUUUAUUAGCAUAAACUGCCACAUCAUUGUUUACAAUGAAAUCUGUACAGGACACUGACAUUGCUCGCUGACUAACCAGUAAAAAAAGACUUGAGAAAAUAGAUUUUAUAACAUUUGCUUUGCUAGUACUUUUUCAGUAACUGACGUCUGUAAUGCCUUGUGAAUAAAGAAAACACUGAACAAAACAAAUGAAAAGAAAAGAAACUGUGAAUUUUACAAGAUGAUCAAGUUGCCCGGUGGUUUUGUUUUUAACGUUUUGACAGUGGUGUCCAAACAAUUACUGGAUUAUUUCUUCAGAAUCUUUUCUAAUUGUAAACAUAAAAAAUAUCAUCAGAACAUAAUCAUGAUGCCAGCCAUCUGACACUUUAAACAUAAAAAUAUUUGUAUAGCUAUAAGAUGUAUCAAGACAAUAACAACUUCCUUUUACCUGUAAGGAAAUAAAGGUUAUCUAUCAGAUAA